AAACGGCGCCGUCAUGAGCAGCAGCAGCUUCCCGAUCCCGCUGCCGCCGUCGCCGACGCUCUCGGACGACGACCGCGCGACAACCUUCGCGGCCGUGCGGACGUCGCCAGCCAUGUCCCGCCGCUACGUCGUGGGCGUCUGCGCCAUGGAGAAGAAGACUCGGUCCAAGCCGAUGCAAGAGAUUCUCCGGCGCCUCAACAAGAAGAAGCAAUUUGACCUCGUUGUCUUCACGGACGAAAUGACGCUGCGCCAGCCGAUCGAGGACUGGCCGAUCUGCGACGCCAUGUUCAGCUUCUACUCGACGGGCUUCCCGCUCGAGAAGGCCGAGCGCUACGUGCAGCUGCGCCGACCCGUGCUUGUGAACGACCUCUCGAUGCAGCACGUGCUUUUCGACCGGCGCAAGGUCUACGAGGUGCUCAUUCGCAACGGCGUCAACGUCCCGCGCCACGCGAUCGUUAACCGUGACGGCCCAGCCCCAGACGUACUGGAAGAGAGCGAAAACUGCAUCAUCGUCAACGGCGUUCAGAUCAACAAGCCGUUCGUCGAGAAGCCUGCGAACGCCGAGGACCACAACAUUUACAUCUACUACCCAACGAGCGCCGGUGGCGGCAGCAAGCGCCUCUUUCGAAAAGUUGGCGACCGGUCGUCCGAGUUUUACCCUGACGUCAACCAGGUGCGCCGCGAAGGCUCGUACAUUUACGAAGAGUUUCUCAAUACGCAGGGCACGGACGUCAAGGUGUACACCGUCGGGCCCAACUAUGGCCACGCCGAAGCGCGCAAGUCGCCCGUUCUCGACGGGCGUGUCAUGCGCGACAGCGUUGGGAAGGAAGUGCGGUACCCGGUCAUUCUCAACUCUGUCGAGAAGGACAUUGCGCGCAAGGUCUGCCUCGCGUUCCAGCAAACCGUGUGCGGCUUCGACCUUCUUCGCGUCCGCGGCACGUCGUACGUUUGCGACGUCAACGGCUGGAGCUUUGUCAAAAACUCGAAAAAGUACUACGACGACUGCGGCCUCGUGCUGCAGAACUAUCUCCUCACGGCAUUGCGCUACCGCAACAAUCGCAGCAGCCGGUCGCCGCGGUACCCGCCAAGCCCGUCGUACUCGCCGCCACCCUUCUCAACCGAACCGCUCGUCGACAAUCACUACCCAACACUGGGCUCGUCGCACUCGUCCGACCCGUUCGAACACCUCUCGGGCAGCUUUGGCUCUCCGGGGACGCACCCGCCCCCGCCUUCCCACUCGCGCCUCAGCUCGAGCUCGUCAACGUCAACUGACGACAUGCACCACAACUGGCACGAGAAGAAGGAGGAGCUACGCGCCGUGAUUGCGAUCGUCCGUCACGGCGACCGCACGCCCAAGCAAAAGCUCAAGACGCGCGUGUGGGCGUCGAGCCUCGUCAAUUUUUACGAGAAGCGGCGCACGAAGGACAAGUUUGACGAGGUCAAGGUCAAGGCGGUCAUGGAUCUGCAAGAACUCCUCGACAUUGUGCGCAACCUCAUCAAGGAGUAUGCCCCCAACGUCGGCUCGAAAGGCGCGGUCUGGGAAAAAGAAGGUGGCGACAGCUUUGAGAAACUGCUGCAAAUCAAGCGCGUACUGGAGCGCUGGAAGUUUGCCGGUAUCAACCGCAAGGUGCAGUUCAAGCCUCGGCGCGAGUAUAUGCCACCAUCAUCCGCGUCCGGCACCAAUUCCGAGCUGCUCCUUAUUAUGAAGUGGGGCGGCGAUCUCACCGAGACGGGCAAGCGUCAGGGCGAGCAACUCGGCAACCGAUUCCGCAACGAGCUUUAUCCUGUUGAAGAAGGCGGGCUCCUCCGGCUGCACUCGACGUUUCGACACGACCUGAAGAUCUUCACGUCGGACGAAGGGCGCGUCCAGAUGACGGCGGCGGCAUUCGCAAAGGGCUUCCUCGAGCUCGAAGGCGACCUGACGCCGAUUCUCGUGAGUCUUGUCACGACGCUCGACAAGGACGCGAACAAGAUGCUCGACCACUCGGGCCAGGCCGACGCCAACGAAGAGAUCGAAAAGACCAAGGCAAACAUGCGCAAGCUCCUCCACCGCGAGUAUGCAUCCGUCGACGCAUUCGUGGCGGCCGCGGCGCCGCUCGGGACGGCGUCCAUGGUGGCUGCGCUACGCCAAAUUGCACAGCCUCUCGAAGCACUUCGGAAACUCCAUGACCUCAUCAAGCUCGUCAAAACGGAGAUCAAGGAGAUUGGCGCCGAGGCCGAGAAGACUGCCGUGCUCCUCAACGACCCGUCGGUCAACGAGGUUUACAUGGGCGAAACCCUCGUUCUCGUCUCGGAGCGCUGGGAGAAACUGUACCGCGACUUCUACUCGGCCAAAAAGCUCGAGUACGACCUGAGCAAGCUCCCCGACAUCUACGACUGCAUCAAGUAUGACAUGCUUCACAACUUCAAGGGUGCCAUGUCCCUCAAGCACGGUCGCGCGCUCUUUGAGCUCGCCGAGUGCUUUGUGACGUGCUACGUGCCCCAGGAAUACGGCAUGGACGUGGCGGAGAAGCAGUCGAUCGGUGCCAAGGUCUCCCAAGCGCUCUGCGCCAAGAUCCGCUCAGACAUUGCGAUGGCCAUGACGAUUGCCCGUGACGAGACGCCCGCAGUUGUCAACAGUGCUAUUGGAUAUGGCAGCGGCAAGUCGUUUUUGCCGCUCUGUACGGACGACGCAGAGGAGAUGGACUGCCUCGAGCAUAACGGGUACCGCCUCGACCCGUCUUUUGCGAAGGAGCUACGCAUCAAGAGCCCUGGCACGCAAGUGCGCACGCGCCUCUACUUCACGAGCGAGUCGCACAUGCACACGCUCCUAAACGUGCUCCGGCACCAGUGCCCAACGUGGACGUCGCGCGUGGCUGCGGCGACUGCGGCGCCAGCGUCUCCGAUCCGCACAGCGGCAUCUGUCCCCGAGGAAGAGGAAGUGACAAAUGCGCUUCUCAAGCAAAUGGGUAUCAACAAGAUCCAUGGCGACGGCCCCAAGAUCCAGUACGAGAUGGACCCGGCCAAGAUGAUCACACCCGAUGCUCUUUCUGCGCUGGACCACGUCACGGAGUUGGACUACCUCGCGCACAUAAUCGUGCGAGUCUUUGAGCAGCCGUGGCUGCCGGAGGAGGACGAGCACCGUUUCCGCGUCGAAAUCGCCUUCUCACCAGGUGUUCGUGGUGACCCCGAGAUGCCCGAGAUCACGCGCAGCACGUCGACGUCGUCCGCGUCAUCGUUUGGCAUUUCGUCGCCGCCGUCGACGCCCACAGGUGGGGUCGACAUCCCGGCCGCGCGUGCGUUCCUCGAGAAGAAGGACUCGAGCCAAAUGGACUUGGACCCGCGCGUCGUGGAGCCGGACAACAAGAUCUACCUCACGACCAACAUGCCCGGCGCUAUGUUUGACGACAUGCUCGGCACGUGUAUCGCCUCCGUCUCGACGACCACGGCGCACGGCUACGUGCCCGAGAGUGUAUAGCAAAACGAUAUCUAAAUUGAGCGUGUAUUGACUGUAUUACCUCGGCA